AUGUGUGACAGCAAAGGCAAUGCGAUUCCUCUGUCAUUCGACCACAAGCCCCAGCAACAGCGUGAGAGGCAGAGGAUUAAUAAAGCUGGAGGACUCGUGACCUUCAACGGUGUCUGGAGGGUCGCGGGGAUCUUGGCUACCUCCAGGGCCCUUGGGGAUUACCCGCUGAAGGACAAGAAGUAUGUCAUAGCCGAUCCGGAUAUUCUGACCUUCGAUCUAGAUGACCACGAUCCUAUGUUCUUGAUACUGGCUUCAGAUGGGCUCUGGGACACUUUUAAAACAUGUUAA